AUGCCGACUCUCAGCGACUUCUUCUAUACCCAAUUCCUUCUCCGAAUCCCCCAACCGUCCGUCUCCUUCGCCAACAAGACUAUCAUCGUGACCGGCGCCAAUGGAGGCUUAGGACAAGAGACCUUGAAGCACCUCAUCCGUCUCGGGGCCGAGAAGAUCAUCUUCGCGUGCCGCAGUCGGUCCCGAGGCGAGCAGGCUAAACGCGAGAUCGAGGCCCAGCUGAACUGUAAGACCAACCUCGUCGACGUCCGAGAACUCGACCUGGAGUCCCCGGCCUCGAUCAAGCGGUUCGCAGAGUGGGCCGCUCGUUCACUUCCGCGCGUUGACGUCCUGAUCAACAACGCCGGGAUCCACGCCAACAAGUUCAAGGUCGUCUACGACACCGAGCGCACCCUGGCCGUCAACAACAUCGGCACCUUCCUGCUGACGGUCCAGAUGAUCCCGAAAAUGAAGGCGACAGCUCGAACCUAUGGCGUCACGCCGGUGAUCACCUUCGUCGCCUCCGCGCUCUACGACAUCGCCGAAUACCCCGAGCAGCACGGUGAGGAUAUCUUCACCUGGUUUCGGGAGGAAUCCCACGUGAAUUUUAUGAACCAGUCGGUAUACCCGCCCUACAUGCCACAUAACCCAUUGCUGAUGGAAAAUGCUGCACUAGGUACAAACUUUCCAAAUUACUACAGCUUUACGCGAUGA